GUUUAAGAAAAAACUAAAUCACGGAAGAGAUUCUGUUGCCCUACUAGUUAGGCAAGUUUUUGAGCUGUAAAGGCAGUGGGGAAAACGGAAAAGCAGAAAAGAACCGUACAGUCCUGUGGCAGUCCAGUUGCGCGUCAGUUCUUCACAAACUUUAGGAAACAUGGAGUCAGCAAUCAAGACAGUGGUGUCGGUCUACCUCAAGUCUGCAAAGGGCAAAGAGAACCUGAGUUCAAAGGAAUUCCAGAGCCUGGUGAAGAACCAACUCGGUGGCCUCCUCAUUAAUGCGGAUAGCAAGGAUGCUGUGAAAAAUAUGCAGGAGGGCCUGGACCAGGACCACGACGGCAAGGUCAGCUUCCAGGAGUACAUGAAGCUGAUUGGCUACAUGGCCAACAACCUCAGCAAUCAGCACGUCUCCGACAAGGAGUCCAAGCCGGCCGAGAGCAACGACGGCGCCGCCACGCAGUCCGAGGCUCCGGCCGCCGCCGAGGCCGAACCUGCCCCCGCCACCGCCGCCGCCACGGUGGAAGAGCCGGCCGCCGACAGGGCUCGACUCGACUCGGCCGAGCCCGCUGCCCCCACGGCAGGGAACGGGGAGGCGGAGAAGGCCCCGGAGGAGCCAGCGGCGGAGAACACGGCCGAGGAGAAGACGGAGGAGGACGAGGCCUCGUAGAGGAGUGACCCCCCCCCCCAAAAGCUUAUCUCCAUCUCUAAUAUCUCCUGCUCGACCCCUGUCUUAUGUUCUUAUUAUAUCAUAUCUCCUUAGACAAUAACUGUUCCCAAAAAGCCAAACAAGAGCCCUGUUGUAACGCUUUUGGUUGAAUUCUAGAAUACUCUACGUUACACAGUUCCGUGCCAUAGAAUUCACGUGUUCCAGUGUAGAAGCAUUGUGUCGUAUACAGACGUCAUCUUCAUACUUCCUUUGCCUGUGGUUGUUUGUUUUUAGUUGUUUUUUGUAUUGUUGUUUGAUAGUACUUUACUUUCCAAUAUGAGUCCUGACAUCUCUUCAUCGUCUUCAUAGCCUUGCUUUGACAAAAACGAAACAUCCGAAAACCUGACCGGCAGGUUGCGUUAUCCAAGCUCUUUUUGAAAGCUGUCGGUCGUUGUAAACCUCUCCUGAAUUCAUGUUUUAAGAGCUCGCCAUCAUGUAAAGCAUCGUUUCCUAGCUGCUUGCGACUAACAGGGAGGCGAGGUUAGGGUUUUGAAUGUGAAUCCUGUGAAGAGUUUGAGCCAAAUUAGAGUUGCUGCAGAGAGAGUGUGUGUGUCCUGACCAAGGCGUGUGCAACAGUACCAGACACACAUGCACGCACACACACACACAUACACUACACACACACACUGCACACACACACACACUCACACUCGCACACACACUUACACACCUGUGGUGGCUUACAAAUGUUUACAAACUUUCUGCAACCCCAACGGAAGAUUUUAACCUGGAACAAACAAGUCGUUUAGCUAAAUAGUAUCUUUUGUACCAAACAUUAGUGGAGAGCCUCUCUAUAUCCAUUAGUCUCAUUGGCCUCCAGGUUAACUGCGUCUGGUGUAGUGCAUCCAUCCCCAGUAAGAGUGAUACCACCCCUUUUGUGGUCUCUGGCUGCCCCCUCCUCCUCCUGUCAAUCAUCCUCCCCACCCCACAGCACCCCCACCCCCACGCUUGUGUCACAGAAGGGUUUUCAGAUCCUAGUGUUGCAUCAGUAAGUGGUGCCUGUUCUCCUCUCUUACCAUCUGUCUUCCGUCCACUCUCCUUUCUUCUUUUCCUCUCCAUCUCUCUCUCUCUCUCUCUCUCUCUCUCUUUCUUCCUUUCUCUCUCUCUCUCUCUCUCUCUCUCUCUCUCUCUCUCUCUCUCUCUCUCUUUCUCCGGUGUCUGUGUCUUCAGGCAAAAGCACAGAAGAAGCAUAUUCUGGUGCCUACCUUAGUUUGUUCUAGGUAGCAAAAGGAAAGCUUUUCUGUUUCGCUCUUCUUUACAAAAAUGCUCAAUAUUAUUUUAGACAUUUUAUUCUUAUUAUCUGUCACCUUUCCCUGGUUUACAUAACAGCUGCCCAGUUGACAGCUAUCUCUGUGAAAUGUUCUCGUCAUCUCGGCCUGGAAUUGAAACAGCACUUUUUGUGUGUACUUAGGAAUAUAGCAGUUGAUCAUCUCCCAAUCCUCACGUCUGCGUUCGGUCUGUCUAGUGUGUCCUCUUGUUCUCUUUUCUCUCACCAUCUUGUCUCUUGUACCCUGUCCAUCCAAUCUCUCUCUCUCUCUCUCUCUCUCUCUCUCUCUCUCUCUGACCGUCUGGUCUCUCUCUCUCUCUCUCUCUCUCUCUCUCUCCCUCUCUGUUGGUCAAGGGUGAAAUGUGUGUGUGUGUGUCUGUGUGUGUGUGUGUGUGUGUGUGUGCCGUUUCUCCUCUCAUCACUGGCCUGUCAGGCCGUACACAGGCGGGUGCUUGGUGUCCUAAUAAAGGCUUGUUGGGGUAAAUAAUUAAGGCACCUGGGGACGGAAUCCACACCAGGAGACCCUGUGGCCCUGGAGCCCAAAAAUAGCCACUUGGUUCAGGGCACCUGACACAGGGAGGCCCCUGGGAACGAGCCAGUGUCCACGCAACAUUACCCAGAACUAGCCCCAUGCAGUCAGAUAGGGGAAAUAGAGAGACAAAUAUAACACAUCUAUUACACACACACACACAUGGGUGGUACAGAAGUACUUAGUUGAUAAGUACUGUACAUUCCAAAACUAAGGUAAAGAAUAAACACCUGUGUGCCUUUGUGCAUGUCGGAUGUGUAAACACAGACAUAACAGGGAAACGUACAGGAGAGACAUUUUGUUGGGUGUCAGGUGUGGCUUCACUUUGUUUGUCUUUUGUAAGGCUUGAGAUUGGGCGCUGUGAGCUCAGACCCUCUCCAUUGUCUGUGACCUUUGUGGUGCCAGCUUAGUCCUUGGGAAAGUUGGUGGUGAAAUCGGGGCAAACAACCCCCUCCACCACCCUUCAAAUGACCCCUGGAAUCAAAUGAUGUGUUGCAUGUGUUUUGUGGUGUUUGUUUACACAUUUGCAUCCUUGCAUUUGAGUGCAGUCACCACAAUGUGAAAUCGGUGUCAAAAUGUUGAAUUAUAUUGGAUGGCUGCAGAGUGGGUAGUCUUGCUUCUAAUAUGUGUAUUAAAAUUCUCUAAUUCACACAAAAGAAACCACUAAAAUGUCUAUACCAUGUUAUUGCUCUGAAUAUGAAAUCAUGUACUCAAUUUGACACUAUUUAUAUGCAGCUGUAAUAACUCGAAUAUUUCUUUUUAUCAAACAUUAAUUCUGUACUGAUAUGUACUUGGGCCUGUAUUAAAUAUUCAUUUUUAAAUGGA